GACGUCACGAGUGCGCCAGGUAUAGGUCGGCGACGUGAUCGCGGAGCUCUCCGGCCAGCCAGUGGCGGUCCGGACGUUCGUCGUGUGUCAUCUUCACGAGUGUACGCGUCCCGCGCAACGAUCACGUGUCUCACGAUCGAGUUUUAUAACGCCGAGCCCCCGAUCAACACGCGCCCGCUAGUUUUUUUUUAUAAUAAUAUUACAAAAAUAGUAUACAUUAUUAUUACCGCCAUCGUCGUUAAUAUAUUAUUUUUUAUAUUUAUAAAUUUUUUUAUUUUAUACUUACGCCGCAGUACGUAAACGCGAGCACACUCGCACAUGAUAAUAAUAAUAAUAUAAUAAUAUUUUACUAUUUUCAUGACGAUUUUUUCCUCGAUAGCUGUGUAAAUAUCGGAAUUGUGUGCGGUCUCUCGUUGUGCAUUUUUCUUCCUCCUCUCCAGUAUAUAAUGCUAUUAUAAUAUCAUAUUAUUGUAUACACGAUACACGAGAUAAUAAUAUACUUUACGUGAAGUUGUGACUUACCUUAUAGAAAUAAUAUUCUCGCGACGAUGUACCGCAGCGGCCGUCGUGAAAUUUCGCCCGUGUGCUCUCGAAAAUCGCACGUUUUCUGCUGUCGUCGGAUUCGUGUCGUCAAUAAAUAACAGAAAAGAAAACCCAGGUUUCAGCAGGUCACCACCGUGUGUGCGCGUGCGUCGUGCGUCGUUUUGCGGUGAUUGAACGUCUGUUCGAUUAGCUGCACGAAUGACUAUGGCUGAGGUAGAAAUGGAGCCGCCGACAGACAGGGCGAGCCGGUCGACGAUCUAUAAGACCAACAACAACCAUCCGCUGGCCACGAACAACAACAACCACCUACAUCACGUUCCCAGCACGCGUCCUGUGGUCGUCAAACACAAAAAGCGGAAACGCCUGAACCAAGUGCUGGACAGGUUGGCUGGCCAGGCGACUUCGCCCAACAACAACAAUAACAAUAACAACAACAAUAAUAAUAACAACAACAACAACAACAUCGACAUCGAUGUCGUCGCCGUGAAAGAAGAUGAGUCGACGGUCAAGGACGGUGGUGGAUCCGUGACAGCCAUGGUAGUGGUGGAUGGUGGCCACGGCGACACGGUCGUCACGAAUGGCGUCGGGUAUGAGAGCGACGAGUCGCUGCGGAGGUCGUGCAAAGACUACGAGGAACCAUUCAGCCCGGCUGGGUCGUCGUCGUACAACCGAUCGCCGCGCAGCUCGCACACCGACUCGCCGUUCAGCCCAAGUCGGACGAGACCGGACGACCCAUCACUCCCACCCACUACCGCGCAACCGCUGCCACAGCAGUUUCACCCACCGACGACGCUGCCGCCGCACCCACUGCACCACUAUCUCAACUACCCGAAGUGCGACUGCCUGUUCUGUGGUGGCGACGGCACCUCGCCUCCCCGUCACCCACUACCGCCGAUGCUACCGCCACCACCACAGCAGCACCACCUGCAGCGGAACAUGCACCACGACAAGAACCAGCAGCAGCCACCCGUCACGCCUAUGUCGCCGGCGUCGCUGUUGGCUGGCUCCAUGUACACGUUCGAACACUACCUGCACACAAAGUACCUGCCCGACAUUUUCCGGAAGCGGCGGAGCCAUUCCGACUCCGAUGUUCCUAUGUGGUUCGAAGCGACCAAAGCCGAACACUGCAGCGGUGGAGGUAACGACGACACGACCGCGUCAACGGCUGCGGCUGUCCGCGUAACCGCGACGGCCGCCGUCGUGACCGUUGGUCGUAGAGGCAAGAGGCCGUUCUCGGUUCCUCACCCGUUGGACAAGCCGACUCGGAAAAGGGGCCCGAACGGAUGCAGGUCGUCCGCGCCGGUUCCGCCACCACCUCAACCACCCCAAGACUCGCCUCUUGACCUUUCAAUGAAGAACGGCAGUGGUUGUUGGCCGUUUACUGCGCCCGAACCGCCGGCGGCUGAACCCUCCACCACCAUUGCCAACGCCGCGUCAAUACCGUCGCCCCCGCUUCCGGCCACCGCCUCUUCCACCACUUCUCCGCCGGCCACGUCGGUGGUAUCGGUGGGUUACUACAGCCGGCCGGGUAGUGCGGGUGGUUACUCCGUGCCGGUGGUCAAGGGUGACGUGGCGUCGCGCACAACCAAGGCGUCGGUGGCCGUCCGGUACAACCUGGAAGUGUCGCCCGUCGUCGAGGAGAUGCCCGUCGGCUCAGAUGUGGCGUACGUGUGUCCGGUGUGCGGACAGAUGUUCAGCCUGCACGACCGGCUGGCCAAGCACAUGGCGUCCCGGCACAAGACAUCGGCGUCGUCAUCGUCGUCGUCCGGCACCGGUACGGCGGCGUCCUCAUCGUCGGAGAACGGCGGCGACUCGUCCGGCGGCACGGCCAAGGCGUACCCGUGCGAGGUUUGCAACCGGUCGUUCGCGCGCAGCGACAUGCUCACCCGACACAUGCGGCUGCACACGGGCGUCAAGCCGUACACGUGCCGCGUGUGUGGGCAAGUGUUCUCGCGGUCUGAUCACCUGAGCACGCACCAGCGUACGCACACCGGCGAGAAACCCUACAAGUGUCCGCAGUGCCCGUACGCCGCGUGCCGCCGUGACAUGAUCACCCGGCACAUGCGCACCCACUCCCGGUACGAGAUGGUCUCGUCGUCUUCGGCGUCAGGCGCCGCAGCCAUGGCCGCCGCGCUAGGCCUGGAUCCGCCGUCGCCCACCUCGCCCACGGGUGGACAACUGUUGAUGUCGCCUCCGCCCGAGGUACUCUGCAAAUCAGAACCGCAGUAACGGUAUGGUGGGUCCAUCGCGGGGACUGUUUUGAUAUUAUUAUUAUUAUUAUUAUUAUAUUAACGUCACUUUUGUAUAAUGAUAUUUUAAUAGUAAAAUAUGUUUAUAUAAUAUUUAUUAAACUGUAUAUCGUAGCUGAUAAUAUUAUUAUUAUUUGUAUGUACAUUUUUUAAUUUUAAGAACGAAUACACACACACACAUACACACUACAAUCGUGCGCACACAGCUUUUUGUCAAAACCAAAGAUAAAAUAAUAAUAAGUCUUAUGCGUAUGUAUUAUUAUUAUAUUUAAUUGUUUAUUCGUUUUCCGGAACGAUUAAAUGUUUUUCGUAUACAUCAUAAUAUUAUUAUGCGUAUUAUAAUAAUAAUAAUAAUAAUAUUAUAUUAUAAUACCUAACCUAACCUCGUAAUACACUCGCGUAUUAUGUUGUUGUUAUUAUUUUGUGUACAUUUUUUUUUCGUUUCGUCGACGAUAUAUGACUCAACUUGUACUACUUACGUGUCUCAUUGCACGCCACGACAAUAUUUUUGUAAAUCGACAAUCAUCCGUUGUCGCGUAGUCUUCGUAUAUCGACGACACAAACGUCCGCGUGCGUCAUAUUUUUUUCUACUCUAAUUAUUUUUUAAAUAAGUGUAAACAGGGUGUGUGAUACUAUUAUUUUGUAUAUUAUUAUGUAUUAUGUACCGCGACGUGCCAUCCUAUGUAAGUUCGUUUUUUAUUACCAUUUUUUUUUUCGUUUUUGUACCAUUGUUAUCGUCGCGAGAUUUUUGGCUUGGUUUUCGAUGCAUUCGGGUCGUCCUGCAGCUAUAACUUACACAGUCAUCCGUCAUUAUUCGUAUAUAAUGUUAGUAUAAUAUUGUUUUAAUUUUUUGUUACUCCGCGCCGAAGCGAAUAUUUGCUCAAAUUUAAUAACGAUGUCUCCCCAUAUAUUAUAUACCUGAUUACGGGGAAAUACCGUUCCGCAACGGGAAAAAAGUAAAACAUCGUGAAAUCGAUAUGCGAAGCGACUGUUAUUAUUAUUAAUUUUUUUUUUUCGUAAUCGUUUGAAACGUGUGUUUGUCGUCCGGUAAAAAAGCAAAUUUUUUUAUUACGUGUACGCGUUUUCCAGCUCUGUCGUCCCAAUAAAAGUUACAACCGGAUGAAUAAAAAACUAAAAUUAUUUAUCACGAAAACCGCAUAUCGUUCAAAAUUUUUUUUUAUCCGAACGAGAUUAUCUCUAUAUAUACAACGUCAUAUCAUAUUAAUAUUAUAUUAUAUAGAAUAGAGUAUUAUCAUACAUAGUAUACACGGACGAUUGCAUUUUUAUUACUAUAUAUUAUAUUUACAAUACUAUUUUUAUUAUAAUAUUAUAAUAUACACAACGUGCAUGAUGUGAUAGAAACGAAAUGUUAUAAAACCGUCGCGAGAUUGUAAAAUGGAAAACGGUAAAACAGGGACAUAAUAUUAUUAUUAUUUUUUAUUUGUAUAAAACAUACCUAUUUAUAUAUAUGAUAUACACUCCUCGCGCGCUUAUAUAUUUCUAUUCGGACCGUAUAUAAUAUCAAUUGAAAACUGUAAUUUUUUUUCUUCGCAAUAGUGAACGAUGCAAAAGGAUUGUCCGUGAAAAAAACCAAUUAUAAAUUUUAUAUUUUUCCAUUACAAUAUAAAUAAUAUACCACUAUAUUUAUAUGUACCUAUAUGAAUAUAAUAUAUUUAAUAUAAUACUACCUAUGUGAAACGUACGCGACGCACCUGUAAACGAAUUUUUUAUUUUCGAAUAAAUAUAUAUAUAUAUAUAUAGGUACACCGUAGUAUAAUAUGUGUCGUCCUAUAUCUGUGUAUGUCUAUUUUUAUUUUUACUAAAGUGCGACGUGCGAACCUCGCCGUCGUCGUAAUAAUGUUAAGCUUUGCUCAAAUCCAUGUGUUAAGAAAAGACCAAUAGAAAUUGUGUAAGAACUGCAACGCAACGUUAUGUUUCUAUCGGUUUUUUCAUCUAAUUUUUUUCAAUGAAAAUUUUUUUUUGCAUAUUUAUGUACCGUUGUAAUAUUAUAUUAUAGUAUUUUAUAAUAUUGUAUGAACCUAAUAACAAUAUUAUAUGUCUGUGCCGUUCUGUGUUUGUUUACGUGAGACGAAAUUGAAAAAAAAGUUCUAUUAAAUAUAUUUAUAAGAAAAAAAU